CACACACACACAAACACAUCUGAGAAAUACAUGCAUGUUUCAAAAUCAAAAUUCAAAUUCGAAAAUAAAGAAAAACUUGUUUUUCUUUAGUACGCCAUCUAUUGUAUGUGUUUACAUCAUCAUCGGUGAUUAAUAUCGAUGACGAUGAUGAUGUCAUCAAACUUUGAUUUUUUCCUUGUUUUUUCAAUAUUAUUUUACUGAUAUAUUGAUAUAAUGCAAACGUUCGAUGUGGUCAUAUUUUUUUUUUGUUGUAACUCUUUAAUUUAUUAAUAUUAUAAAUGAUACAAGCAAUGUAUUCACUUUGUUUGCUUACGUCAAUACAUUUCCUUGUACAUUUAUGAUAAAAGAAUAUAAACUUGUGGUUGUAUUGUUGUUGUUUUUGUUUUAAACUGUGUGUUAAUCUUCUUCGUAUAUCGAUUUCUAUAUACUUUUCUUCGAUUAGUAGCUAUAUUGCAGCAAUUGUAAUCGUUAUCAAUAUUAAAAACAAAAACGAAAAAAAAAAUUAUGGAUUCACAUAUUCGAAAGCGCGUUUCUUCUUCGGCUACAAUGACGACGAAGAUAAAAAAUGACGAUAAUAUGAAAAAAGAUGCGUCGUCGCCACCGAAAAAAACCAAAUCAUUCCAUAGGCAAUCGAUUAAUAAAACAGUUUGUCGUCAAAACGACGAAAAUAAAUUCAUCAUGAUGAUCCGACGAAAUUUAUGUUCAAUUAUAUUAUCAUUGAUAAUUUUAAUAUUAUUUAUUGUUUUUGUUAUUAUUCCAAUCAUUGUUCGUAAUUCAUUCACAUUUCAACAUUUGGGUGUAUUUUUGAAUAUUGUCAAUUUUCAUUAUUUCUAUGAUCUUUCGGAUACGGAACAAUUUGGUUUACGUUGUGCACGAUCAUUUAGAAUUGAAACUAAUGAUGAAAAAAUUAGCCUUGGUGCCUGGCAUAUAUUUCCCGGUGAUGAACAUGAAGAAUGUAAAAGAGCUGCACAUGAUUUCAAUGAUGAUCGAAUAAUUUUUCUUUAUCUACAUGGUAAUAUGGCAAGUCGAGCCUUUUAUCAUCGUCGUGAACUCUACAAUGUACUCAGUGAAAAAUUAAAUGCUCAUGUUAUUGCUUUUGAUUAUCGUGGAUUCGCUGAUUCAACUAAUGUAAUGCCUAGUACAUUUGGCCUUACAAAUGAUACUCGAAAUGUUUAUGAAUGGAUAUUGAAAAAUAAUGUCACAUCCAAUAGAAUCAUUAUUUGGGGACAUUCAUUAGGAACUGCUGUUGCCACUAGAUUUCUGAAUGAAUGUCCAGAUGAAAUCUAUCCAUUUGCAGCGGUAAUUGAAGCAGGUUUUACAUCAAUUGUCGAAGCAAGUCAUCAUUAUCCAUUGAUCAAAUUAUUUUCCUUUUUGCCAUAUUUUGAAUAUUGUUUCGUUGAACCACUAGUCAAUAAUCCUGAACUUAAUUUCAAUAGUACAGCUCAAUUAUCGGCAAUUCGUUGCCCAUUAUUGAUACUUCACGCAGAAGAUGAUGGUAUUGUUUCCUAUGAUCUUGGAAAAAAAUUAUAUGAACAAGCUCGACAUUUGCAACCGAAAAAUGUUGCACAAAGAACUCAAUUUAUUUCAUAUCCCGCUCAUUUUGAUUAUGGCCAUCAAGAUAUUUAUCUUGAUCCAGAUCUCCUUGGAGGUGAUUUCGAUGAUGCCGUGGAUGCUGAUGAUAUUGGCGAUGAAGCUGUCGAUGAAGAGAAUGUUGAAUUUUUACCCGCCGAUCAGAUGCAACAGAAACAAAAUGUUAAAAAGAUAACUACACCGUAUAUGACUAAAUAUGAAAGAGCCAGAGUUCUCGGAACUAGAGCUUUACAGAUUGCCAUGUGCGCACCAAUCAUGGUCGAAUUGGAAGGCGAAACUGAUCCAUUACAAAUAGCUAUGAAAGAACUCAAGGAACGUAAAAUACCAUUGAUCAUUCGACGAUUUUUACCAGAUGGUAGCUAUGAAGAUUGGGGAAUCGAUGAACUAAUCAUAAAUGAUUAAUUUAAACUAUAUUGUCAAUUUUCUGAAAUUCCGAUGUUUUUUUUAUUUUUAAUAAAUUAUUAACCUUAUCAUAGAA